CAGCGCAGGACGCCUGAGUACAGCAAAAAACAGUUGAGCACUGCAGCUUUUAAGAAAGAGAUUCAAAACAUGAUCUUGGAAUACUUCAACUCUGGAGACCAAGCAGAGUUUGGUCGCUGUAUCCGGGAGUUGACUCCAUUGUCGCCGGCGCAGAGUGCGGAGCUGGUCCGCAAGAUUAUUGUCUUUGCGAUGGAGCGCACCGUGAAAGAGUGUGAGCUCUCGCUGGCGUUGCUGGUCUGGGUCAUCAGACAUGAGGAGCUAACUCCGAAAGACAUCGAGAAUGGAUUCGAUGACAUGUACAGGCAUAUGCCUGACAUCCAGCUCGAUGUUCCAGAUGCGGAUCAGAUGGCGCGCACCUUCGUAGUCGAGGCGAUGAAAAACAAGGUGCUCCGAGAGACGUGGCCGGAUCCAGAAGAGCCAGAUGAGUGAGACCCUGAAAGUUUCAAGGGCCGAGGGCCCAAAAAUGAUCCAAAC